GGAGAGGAUUAUUGUUCGUCGAUGCCAUUCCUGUGUGUCAACGAGAGUUCCACUACGAGGGAGACGAUCGAUGGCGACGAGGGCAGAGGAGGAGUACGAUUACCUGUUCAAGGUGGUGUUGAUCGGGGAUUCUGGGGUGGGGAAGUCGAACAUCCUGUCCCGCUUCACUCGCAACGAGUUCUGCCUCGAGACCAAAUCCACCCUCGGCGUCGAAUUCGCCACCCGUACUCUCCAAGUAGAAGGCCGAAUAAUAAAAGCACAGAUUUGGGACACAGCAGGCCAAGAGCGAUACCGAGCAAUAACUAGCGCCUACUACCGGGGAGCUCUCGGAGCAAUCCUAGUGUUCGAUGUGACCAAGCCGACGACUUUUGAGAACGCAAGCCGGUGGCUCAGGGAGCUUCGUGACCAUGCUGACUCCAACAUCGUGGUUUUGCUUAUUGGCAACAAGACCGACCUCGAGCACCUUCGAGCGGUGGACUCGGAGGAGGCCCAGAGCUUCGCCGAGAGAGAGGGGCUUUCGUUUCUUGAGACAUCUGCCUUGGAGGCUACAAAUGUGGAGAAGGCCUUCCGAGUUAUCCUUGCUGAGAUAUAUCGAGUCAUCAGCAAGAAGAACAUCUCUUCCGAGGCGCCUGCGCAAGGACCCGCAGGGGGUAUGAGAGAAGGCAAGGCCAUCACGAUCGCAGCAUCAGACUCCAGCACAAGCAGGCAAUGUUGCUCAACGUAGUGGUAUUAUGCGCUCAGAGUUUCUACAGUCUGCUUUUGCUUGAUGUAAAUCCAGUCAGCUGCUUGCUAGAGUGAUUUCCUUCUUGUUGAUGCUCAAUAUAUUUGCUUUCAGUCUCUUUGUUCCUACAUGGAUGGAAUUGCUUGGUUUUCCAUCAUAACAGCAAUCAUUAAAGGUUUAAAUGUGUGCCUAUGAAUGCUUUGAAAUAUAUGAUUCUAUUAUUGUAUAUUAAA